CUUGAGUUAAGAUGUUUUGUGUGUGUGUGUCCGUCAAAAAUAACUAUUAGUUUAUUUAUUUAAGUAUUGUAAUAUUAAUUAAAUGGUUAUUUCCUGUAUGUAAGCCGUAUGUGGGGCAGAUAAACAGUCUAUUCACAGAUACUUGUCACUCUAAAUCUCCCUCAUUAGCUAGUUAACAUCAAAGAAAGUUUAGAGCAGUAGCUAAUGAAUGAUUGUGGGGAGGUUGUGAUGACUGGUGUGUUUUUAGAGGACUGGUAGCUCGCCAGGGGGAGGACCCAUGAAGCCUGCUGGCCAAAAAAAACAAAAAGAGAGAGGGAGAAAAAGUUGUGUCAAGUUUCGCGACUACGAGGUAGAAACUUGCGUUCAGAGCGACGGUUAGCAGCAGCAGCAGCAGGAGAAGCAGCAGCUCGGACGGGGGAAAGAUGGCGCGGCGCGGCGGCCGUGGUGUCGGUGCCACGUCUCGGUUUACUGGAGAAAUCCCGACACAUCUCCGAAAGAUAGCAACAGCAUCUGCAGUUUGGCUGUGUUUUUGUCUACUUUUCCCUCCCGCUGCGGAGGCCGGACUGUACACCGCCUCUGACCAGAUCCUCUUGUUAACUCCGGAAAAUGUUGAGUCGGUUUUGGUCAACUCCACAGCCGCUAUAGUUGUGGAGUUUUACGCCUCAUGGUGCGGACACUGCAUCGCCUUUUCACCGGUGUACAAAAGCCUGGCAAGAGACAUUAAAGAGUGGAAGCCAGCUGUGGACCUGGCAGCUAUAGACUGUGCUGCAGAGGCCAACAGGAAGGUUUGCGCUGGCUUUAGCAUCAGAGGGUAUCCGACUUUAAAGUUCUUCCACGCUUAUUCCAAGGCUGAAGCUACUGGAGAGGCUUUUAAAGAGUUUCCCCGUGAUGUUCGAGGUCUCCGACACAAGAUUAUAGAUAAACUGGCAACCCAUGAAGAGCCCUGGCCCCCUGCCUGCCCCCCACUGGAGCCCACCAGCCAAGCGGAGGUUGAUAGCUUCUUUGAGACCAACAACGUUCAACACUUGGCCCUGAUCUUUGAGGAAACUAAAUCCUACAUCGGCCAAGAGGUAACCCUAGACCUGUUACAGUUUGAGAACAUUGCAGUGCGGAGGGUCCUGAGCACUGAAGAAGGCCUGGUGACCAAACUGGGAGUAACUGAGUUCCCAUCCUGCUACCUUUAUUAUCCUGGAGGCAACUUCACCAGACUCAGAGUCACCAUCGAGGCUCGUACUUUCUACUCUUUCGCCCUCCAGAGGCUGCCGGGGGUGAUGCGGUCAGGAAAGCCUCCACCAGACAUCACACACCUCGCCACCACCAACAAAGAGGAACCCUGGAGAUCCUUCAACAAGUCCAGCGUGUAUAUGGCAGACCUGGAGUCAGCGCUGCACUACUCCCUGCGUGUGGAGCUGGCUGCUCAGACUGUCAUCAGAGGAGAGGCCCUGAUUUCCCUGAAAAAGUACAUCUCCGUCCUCGCAAAGUAUUUUCCAGGCCGUCCUGUGGUGAUAAACCUGUUGCAGUCUUUAAACUCUUGGCUACAGAACCAGACUGGCAAUGAGGUUUUCUAUCAAGCUUUUGAAGAGAUACUGGAUAACUCAGCACAGGCUCCAGACACUGCUUUGCCUGAAGGAGUGAGGUGGGUGGGCUGUCAGGGAUCACAACCCCACUUCAGACGUUACCCUUGUGGGAUGUGGACUCUCUUUCACGUUCUUACUGUCCAAGCCAAGAACUCUGGGGGCUCAGAUUCCCAGGAGGUGCUAAGUGCAAUGAGGAGCUACAUCCACAACUUCUUUGGCUGCAGGCCGUGUGCCGAGCACUUUGAGAACAUGGCAGCAGAGAGCCUGGUGGAGGUGAACACGAUGUCUUCAGCGGUCCUGUGGCUGUGGUCAAGACACAAUCGCGUUAACAACAGACUAGCAGGUGCUUUGAGUGAAGACCCACUCUUCCCAAAGGUCCAGUGGCCGUCACCAGAAAUGUGUUCUGCGUGUCAUUCAGUGAAGGAAAAUGGGGAGCACAGGUGGAACCAUAAGCAGGUCCUCUACUUCCUCCUAUCCUACUUCUCCUCCAACAGCAUCUGCACAGACUACCUUGAGGAUGAAAACCAGAUCCUGGCAAACCAGCGGGAAAAACAUGCCAGUCGGCAGCUAGCUUUAGAAGCUCGGCAACGGGCUGAAAGGAAAGCCAGAGAGGCCUUGGACUCUAUGACUCCUCCUCCACCAUCAAAACCCACUGUGCCAGAAGAGGAGGAAGAGGAAGAGGAAGAAGAAGAGGGGCCGCAGGAUGAAACGGUAACAGAUGAAGAGGAGGAAGGUGCGGAGGGAGUAGCAGCAGCAGAUGAGAUGGAAGGUAAGACAUCUGAGCCGACUCCCUGGGCCAAACCUGAAAUGGAGGUGGGUCGCGGCCGUCGGCAGGCCAACAGGAAGCCGAGCAUCGUGGGGAUGAAGAUGCGAGACUUGCAGGAGGACAUCGUUGAUCUUGACUCAUUUGUAAACCAGCACUACAAGGCCAAAGCGCUGCGGUUGGCUGCCUCCAGCCGGGUCAAACAACGCACCCUGCAGAGGAAGGAGGAGCAAGAGCCCGGGCCCUUGUUUGGGCUUGGCAUGGAGCUGGACGCAGGGCUUGGGAUGGUGGGCCUGCAGCCUAUGGAGCCAGACUUUGAGCCGGACGUAGGGCAACAGAGGAAGCGGCUGCAAAAGCGAGAACUGACAGGCCAGUACUUUGGUGAGGAGGCCAAGCUUAGUCACAGAGGACGCUGGAUGUCUUUGCUGAGCAUUGGAUUCUCUAAAGUGGACAUCAGCCUGUGCGUCAUUCUUUAUGUCCUGUCCUCCAUGUGUCUUCUGGCCAUGUACCUUUUCUUUAAAAACCGCCUCAGGCUACGGCGGGCUAAAGUGGCCCUGCCCUGAACCAAAGUGUGUCCAAAUUUGACCCGAGUCACAGCAAUGAUUAACAUUCAUUAGCUUCAUGUGGGCUAAGGUUGGGUUUAGUGUAAGGAGAUGUGUCAAGAUUAGUGCUGUCUUAGGUGGUCCACUUAACUGUUACCUACAGUCAAUAGUAGGCUGUUUUUUACUGUGUGGUCACCUAAUGUUUGGUCAUGUCUGGAGAGGAAGAGAAGGGAAAAUUAGCUAAUUACCUUUUAAAAUCAGGGCAGUUAUGCAACCUAACACUCCAGAGCUUUUCAGGCAGCAACUCAACUGUGGAAAUUCUGUGCGUAUAUUUCCAUAAGUGGCUUUCUGUUCAGAGUUUGUGCUCCCUGUUAGAGAGAUCAAUCACGCUUUUGAUUCUGUUUGACCACUUACUGUAUGAAGGAUGAAAUUAAACCCAAUAUUAAAUUUAUAUAAAAAUUGAUUUUUUAAAAAUUUGUAUGAAGUGAAUGGAACUAAUGUUUUGGGUUAUUUUGUACUAAGUGAUUUAUUUUUGUCGCUUUACUGAAAUAGAGUUUUAUGUGAUUCCUUUUUUUUUGUUUGUUUGUUUCACAGUAGGCUAAAGACCUUCUACACUACUUUCCUUAGUACUAUGACCAAAAAAUGAGUUCCAGUAGAAAUUUUCUAUAUAUUUACACAUGAAAAUCUUUAAAUCAUCUGAACUGAAUACUCAAAUAAGUGAUUCUUGACUGUUUCUCCCUUCAAUCAAUCACUUGUGGAUUUUUGUUUUUAUUAAGUUUCACAUUUAUGAGUUUCAUUUAAUAAUCAGAUAACAAAAAAAAAGCCUUGUCCCUAAAUUCUUUGUGGGUUUUUUUUACAAUCUGUUGUUGGGCUGACAUCAGCACAUUGAUUACUGUAACUGGAACCAGCAGGUCCACAGUAACUUUCACCAGAGAAGAGCAGAUCAGCCAUUUGUCUUACAGCUCCUUGGAGGCAGUUUGCAUUACACUGAGCGUUACAUCACAUCUUUGAAUAUUACAUCACACUGCUGAGUCUACAUAACAGCUGCUCAUUACAACUGCGGUUGUUUGUGAAGUGUUGUGGAACGACGCAUAUGUUUACACUGGACAAGGUUUUAGAAUAAGCAGGAUUUGUUUUUGGCCGGUGUCCAUGAUGUAAAGCUUCUGCUGGUCAUCUCAAAAACACUGUGUUUUUCUGUUUUGCUUCUUUGCUUUCGUCUGAAUCAAUAAAAUUAUUUUUGAUAAGGA